CGCAGCAGCAAGAAAAAUGGCGACCGAAGAUUCUGAAAUGCGAAGCUCCACAGGAAAUGAAGGUGUGGUCUAAUUUAACACCCACAGUGUUAAAAUGCAGUAACGACUAAAAUCGACACCAACACUUUUCAGGAAUCAACUCCCGAUGUGUUAUUUUAACUCGAUUAAGUGUUGAACUAACUCGGAACUCUGUUGAAUUCUACUAACACUGAAAAAUCAACACUGGCAUUUUUGCUGUGUACUGUCUCCUGCCUCUUACUCUUACGCCAGAACACAACGCAACGACAACAGGCGUAACACUUGAACGGGUUACAUUGGUGCCGUGACCCUUUGGAUUCAUCAAGCAUCGACGUCAUCUCGAUCACCGUGGGGAGCUCUUCCCAAUUUCCUUUGUUCCAAGUUGGUUGCUUUUCCUAACUUGUGUGGGACUUUUUGAAUGAGCUUGGACAUUUAAUCUGCUCAAUUCUGAUCCUGAUUAACAUUAAGUUUUUGCUUUUGUACGGUUACACUGUUUUGAAUCUUGUGUUUUUUGUGAUUGUGCUUUAUUCAUCAUUAUGGAGUCGGCAUCUGGUUCAGAGGCAACUGGUGUUCCUGAUGGGGAGGUUUCCUCUAAUGUUGGUUUGGGGCGAGGGUGGUUUCUUGGGGAUGGGUUUCAGACACCUAAAGUUGGUGUGUCAUUUGCUCCCAAGUUUUGUUCCACUCGUCUCCAGGUUCCUCCCUGUGACAUUCAGACCCCGCAGACAGCUGCCAAUGCUGAGUUGAGUACGCUCAUCUCAGAUUUGGCCAAUCAGAUUGGUCAGUCCAUUGUAGCCCAGCUGCAAGGUGAUAAGGGGACCAGUAUGCCUACUGAAGCCUCUAAGGCUGAGCAGGGACCUCCUGAGCUGAAUUUGUCUGGGGUGAAACUUGUCUUGCAAUCAGACGUCAAGGAGCCGCCAGUUUUCAGGGGUGACGGCAGUGAUAAAUUCUCCAUUCAUGAAUGGGUGGAAAUGAUGGAAAUGUACUUUGUAAAACGCAACACACCAACAGAUCAGCAAUCACGUGACAUAUUGGCUAGGUUGAUGGGGAAGGCUAAGGAUGUAGUGAAGGUCACCCUACGUCACAACCCCUCACUUGACCAUGUCCAGGUUCCUGAAUUGAUCUUUGACAUUCUGAAACAGCACUUUAGUGUGUUGACUUACUCUUCUAUGCCUAUGGCUGACUUCUAUAACACUAAACCAUUACAACAUGAGGGAGUGAUGGAAUAUUGGAUAAGGCUAAACAAUGCUAUUGACGUUGCUGACGAGUGCUUGCGUAGGCAGGGGCGUAAUGUUGAGGAUCCGGGACGCGAGGUCUCGAUGAUGUUCAUCAAGUAUUGCCCUGACCCCAUCCUCUUGAACAGGCUCAGCAUCAAAGCAGCUGAGGAGUGGACAACCACUGAGGUUCAAGAACGCAUUGAUAGCUUCCAGCAUGAACUCAGGGCACGCAGUCAGGGCAGUUUCCACACCUCACAGAGGCAAGAGGUUAGCCACAACUGCUCUAUUGUGCCUCAAGAAGUGAUGGCAUCACAGCCUGUGCAGGCCAGUGUCGCCUUGCAGUCUCAGCCUACAGCACCAGUCUCAAACCUUGCUUGUCAGCUUUCGCCCACAGCAGCUUGCUUCACUCCUGUUCUAACUGAUGUUUCGACAGCCUGUCUCUCUGGGACAUCAGUGUCUUCUUGCCCGGUGUCUACGCCUACUCCUCAGUUCCAGCAGUCUCCAACAUGUCCUGUGACCACUCAGUCUAUUCAGCAGUCAGUUGGUUGCGAGCUUGGUUCGACUACCACCCAAGCUUUUGAUGUGACUGGCAUGCGCGCUCUGAUCAGCCUCUUGGAUCGCGUGAUGGCAUGUCAGAAUGUGCAGUCUGCAGCCCCGGCAUCUGCAACUUUGCAGCAUUUUAACCGCGGGCCCUCCCUUAAGAAGGGUUGUCAGGUCUGUGGCAACACUGGUCAUUCCACUCACAUGCACUGCAGGAGAGAGAAUCUCUGUCACCCAAGUUGCAGUGAAUGACAAGGUUAACUUGAGGGGCAUGAUGGAUUCCGGGUCCAUGGCUUGCACUAUGAGUGAGGAGGCCGAGAAGUUGCUUAGAGAAGCUGGAGCUCUUGUGAGUGACCCACAGUCAGCAGAAUGUAUUGUGCUGGUUGGCUGUGGUGGGAAGCAGACCCACCCAAAGUGUGUUUAUGACUUGGCACUUACUGUCCACGGUGUGAAGUGCAUGGUGCCAGUCUUGGUGGUGUCGGCACAGCGUGAUGAGCUCAUCAUUGGCUCCAAUGUCCUCAAGUACCUGAUGCGAGUUAUGAAAAAUUCUGAUGACUAUUGGAAGCUUGUGUCUGUGGGGAGCAACCACUCGCUCCUUGACUAUGAGCACUUCUUGGACAUGAUGUCGUGCACCACCAGAUGGAGGGGUGAGGAGGUUCCUGACAAGAUUGGCACUGUGAAACUGCCUCGUGCUGUGACCCUACUCCCACAGUGUGAGCAUCUGGUAUGGGGCAGGCUGCCCAGCAAUGUGCCAGUCUCUCCAGGCAGCACGAUCAUUGUGGAACCUUGCACCUCUGGGCCGAGAGACGUUCUUGUUGGCCGGGUGAUCACAUCCAUGUGGGGUGAUCGGUGGGUGCCGUUGAAGAUGACCAAUCUCUCCGCAAAACCAGUGACCUUGAAACGCAACUCGAGGGUUGCUGAUGUUUCAUCUUGCCUUGCGGUGGAGGACCUUGAUUUCCCGCAGGACUCCUGCAAGGUGGCGAGUAUGGCCCAGGCACAAGUCAGUGGGCCAGCCGCUACCGAGGCUGACUUGAAUGACAGGUUGUGUUCCCUCGGUUUGGGUGAUCUUGACAUUGACUCAUGCCAUGCCACCUUACAUUCAAAGAGAGAGCUUGUUGAGCUAGUUGAGCAAUAUGAGGACAUCUUCUCUAGACACCCGCUUGACUGUGGCGAAGCUAAACGCUUUGUACAUCGGAUCCACCUGACUGAUGAACGCCCAUUCCGCAUGCCUUACAGAAGAGUGCCCCCUGCUCAUUACCAACAACUAAGGCAGGUACUUACUGACAUGGAGGAGAAAGGGAUUAUUCGCAAAUCCAUCAGCGAGUAUGCAUCCCCCCUCGUCAUGGUCUGGAAGAAGGACGGUGGAUUGCGGAUUUGUACGGACUUCAGGUGGUUGAAUGCGCGAACUCUUAAGGAUGCGCACCCACUCCCUCACCAAGCGGAUUGCCUUGCCGCGCUUGGGGGCAAUGCCUUCUUCAGCACGAUGGAUUUAACUUCCGGGUUUUACAACAUUCCGAUGUGUGAGGAGGAUAAGAAGUACACCGCUUUCACAACGCCCGUUGGCCUGUACGAAUACAACCGGAUGCCACAAGGGCUCUGCAAUAGCCCGGCUUCAUUUAUGCGCAUGAUGCUGAACAUCUUUGGUGACCUCAACUUCACCAGUCUGCUCUGCUACUUGGAUGACCUUCUGGUCUUUGCUCCCACUGAAGAGGAAGCCCUGUGCCGGCUCCGAGCUGUUUUUCAAAGGUUGAGAGAGAACAAUCUCAAGCUGAGUCCAAAGAAGUGUCAUCUGCUGCGGAAGUCAGUCAAGUUUCUUGGUCAUGUCAUCGACCAGACCGGAGUCGCUGUGGACCCUGCUAAGGUGGAAGUGAUUUCCAGGAUGCCAAAGGAGGCUCUGAUGGAGAAGGAUGGUUGCACUCCUUCUGUGAAAAGGAUUAAGUCCUUUUUAGGAAUGGUCUUUUUCUAUCAAUGUUUCAUUCCUGGUUGCUCAGCGAUUGCCAAGCCUCUGUUUGCUCUGACGGCUGGCCAGAAGAGGAAGGGACGGUCUAGUCAGGCUGGGAGGGGUGCUGGCAUGUUCAGGAGGUUGACUGCUGCAGAUUGGAGCCCUGCGUGCGACAAGGCCUUUCAUAAACUGAAGGAUGACCUCCUUAACUGUGCCGUGUUGGCUCAUCCUGACUUUUCACGACCGUUCAUUUUGUCUGUGGAUGCUUCUCUGGAUGGACUGGGAGCGGUUUUAUCACAAUUGCCUAUCGACGGGGAUAAGGCACGCCCUAUUGCUUUCGCGAGCAAAGCGUUAAGCAGGUCGCAGCAGAGAUACCCAGCCCAUCGCCUGGAGUUCAUGGCCCUGAAGUGGAGCAUCUCUGAAAAGUUCAGCCACUGGUUGAAGGGGCACGAGUUCACAGUAUGGACUGACAACAACCCGCUCGUUCAUAUAUUGACCAAGCCCAAGCUGGACGCUUAUGAACAAAGGUGGGUGGCCAAGCUGUCAUCCUACAACUUUGAUUUGAGGUACAUCCCAGGUCGAAAGAAUGUUGUAGCAGAUGCACUCAGUCGUGACCCCUUCACCUAUUCUAUUGGUGGGCGCUUACUUCAGGAGCCCUAUGAGCACUUGGUGCAGAAUGCAGAAGGUGCGGCGGCUCAUGAGGUGCAGGACGCUUUCAGGUUUGGUGUCCAAAAUCUUCAGGUCGCCCAACAACCUGCUCCAGCUCUGACCUCGGAAGAUUCCUACAGCUUGUCGGAAGUCAAGGCUACCUUGGUUCACCAUGAUUACUGGGAAACCGCUGCGGAGAAUAGAGCUGUCUCCCUUCUCCACCUUGUUCAGCAGUUGCAACCAGUUGGCAAUGAUGUACUGCCAUCACUUACCUUGCAUGAGCUGGAGGACCACCAACUUCAAGAUCCUGUCAUCUCCGCUGUCCUGCCACUCAUAGCCCGCAGGAGGCGCCCUUCCAGGCGUGAGAGACAUGAUAUGGAUUCCAGGGCACUGGCCUUAUUGAAGCACUGGGAGAGGUUCAAGAUUCGGGAUGGCAUUCUCUACAGGGAGACGAGAGACCCUGUGAGCAAAACAAAGAGACUCCAGUUGGUGUUGCCAGCGAAUUUACGGGCGCAGGCCUUGAAAGGUGUCCACGAUUUGGCAGGGCACCAGGGUCAAGUUUGGACCCUCCACCUAGCAAGGCAACGUUUUUUCUGGCCCAAUAUGGAGAGGGAUGUGAAGGAGCAUGUUCGGUGCUGUGGAAGGUGCAUACUCGCCAAGACUCCAGAGCCUGCAGCACGAGCCCCAUUAGAGAGCAUUAAGACCUCUGCUCCCAUGGAGCUCAUCUGCAUUGACUUUUGGUCAGCAGAGGACAGAAAGAAGCGCUCUGUUGAUGUGCUUGUGGUGACUGACCACUUCACGAAGAUGGCCUUUGCUUUCCCGUGCAAGAACCAGACUGCCAAGCAGGUUGCCAGAAAGUUGUGGGACUUUGUUUUUUGUGUAUAUGGUUUUCCCGAGCGUAUUCACUCAGACCAAGGUCCCAGCUUUGAAAGUGAAUUAUUUUCUGAGCUUCUGCAGAUUUCGGGCGUUGCCAAGUCUCACACUACUGCUUAUCACCCUAUGGGCAAUGGUGGCACAGAGCGGUUCAACCGCACACUUGGCAAUAUGCUGCGAGCUCUCCCUCUCAGAGCCAAACAGGAAUGGCCGCGGCAGAUUCAGACAUUGACCUUUGCUUAUAACGCAACUGUUCACGAGACUACUGGAUAUGUCCCAUUCUACUUGAUGUUCGGCCGUGUCCCACGACUACCGGUCGACGUUAUGUUCAAGUCUGUUUUGCAUGAUCCCAUUGUGGUGGACUUUGACAGCUACUCCAAGCUUCUUCUGUCAUACUUGUCUGAGGCUGCCAAGAUCGCCCAGGAGCACACCAGCAAUGAGCAGGAGCAUCAGGCUCGUCAGUACAAUAAGAAAACCAAGGGUGUGUCUCUGAAUGUUGGGGAUCGCGUGCUGCUUGCCAAUAAAGGCGAGCGGGGCAAGAAGAAGCUUGCAGACAAGUGGGAACCUCGGGUUUAUACUGUUGUGGAGAGGCAUCCCAGGACCCACAUUUACAGGAUCAGUGACUCUUCAGGCCAGAGUAAGGUUGUACACAGAAACCUUCUGUUGGACGUGAGUUUCCUUCCUGUUCAGGAUGCAUUGGGGAGUCAGUCCCUGGACGUUUUCUCCAGUGAGGGGGAUCUCAGUGCUUGUGGGGAUCUGGAGGACCCUGGCAGUCUAGAGACAGAGUCUACCGCAGCAAGGACUUCCUUGUGGGUCCUUUCGGAUUUGAGCCAUGGGGUAGAUGUGGAUUCUGUGGCAGGAGAGCAGGCCUCACAGUCUACGGAUCGUCAGCACGGUUCAUGUGAUGGUGCGGACGUGGACAAUACCUUACCUGACUCUCAGACUUGCACGACUCACACUUCAGCAAGCCCUUCUGGUCAGGCCCAGCACUUUGCUCUUCCUACUCCGGUUGACUGUUCCGCUACCUCUGAUGUGACACAGUCUGGCACGGUUUCUGCUCCGGGUGCCUGUCAUGGGGACGCUGUUGUUCCGCAGACUGUUCCUGUUUCUGGCUCGGACAUGAAUCAGACCUCUGGUUGGCCGUAUCCUGGGCAGCCAUCCAACUUGCCAAGACAUGACCCUGACUGUGCCAGUGUUCGAGGCAGAGUGGUUACCAGAGCGGGUCGGGUGGUAAAGUCAGUCAACAGGCUGAUAGAAAACAUGGUCCAGAAGCCUAUUACAUGGGGCCUGUUACCACCACGUGAGGCUCGGCCUCUAGCAUAGACUGUUUUUUUGGUCAUCCCAUUGCGUCUUAUGAAUGUGUAUUUCCUUGAGGCAUCAUGGCGACUCACUGCGUGUUUAAUGGGACCACGUUUGAUGAGGUGUAGGCUGCACCUUUGUGUUCUGAAAGGGUUGGAGGCCUGAUCAACCUAUCCAACUUCUUUUAAUCCGUCUUACGGAUAGUUUUUUAACUGAACUAUGGAUAAGAUCCUUGGUUUGCCUGGUCCGGAGGUGAUGGUAGUUCAGCAUCGUUGUGCCUCUUGGUAUUGCAGUACCAUUCAGAUGUGUAGUGAUUUUGGUGAAAUUCAGGGGGGGUGAAUGUAACAUAUGUGUUAAAUACUUGUGAAUUUCACUCAAAACACCUUUUUUUUGGAUUAAAUAUGUCAUUUUUGCAUCUCGGUCUCCUACCUGUGUGAUCUGAGUCUGUGUGCGUUCGUGUGUGUGUGCGCUGCGUAGUGACGUAGGCGCGUGCAUGUGUGCCCCGGUCACAGCUCCUUUCAGCAUGGCCGGAGGUAAGUCACUGCCACGUUGCUCUCUGCUAAUUAAAGUUUGUUCAGAGCCCAAGCUGCAAUGUGAAUACAGCCGAACCGCAGCAUUUUUGUUUCUCAUUAAGAGAUUAAUUCGGGAUAAGUUUUGUGGAGGGCGGAGUUCGCUAAUAUAUGUUUUUAAUGAGUUUUAGCCGAGAACGCAGCUGAAAUGCUAGCAUGCUAAGUUAGCCUGAUCGCUAGCGGCUAGUGAGCGUACUCGCGGCAGUCGUUUUUUUAACAGCGUGCACUCUUUUUUCCUUCGUCAGGAGAGGUGCACUGGCAGACGCAUGACACACACAGAUCAGACUAUUUCUGUGUUGCAGGUAUGGAGAUGUUCUUGUGUUUUAGAGAUGCAGUCUUUCAUUCAUUGUUUUUAUGGUACAGUGUUGUAUUCCCUGUUGCAUGGCGAUUAUUAAUAUGAUUGAACUUAAGUAUAAUGUAAUUACCAAAGUAUUGGGUCCUGGUUAUUGAAUUGUAUUUAUCUGACUGUUUAUUUGUUUAUUGUUCUUAUAAGUUGUUUUUGAUGAUUUUUCAGUGACAUAUUAUUUAUUUUGUGCUUUUUGUUUUUGAGGGCUUAAGUUAAUGUUUUAAAACGAUUUGUUGUAUUUGAUUUAUUAUAUUAUUGUAGUGUAAAUGAAGCUGCAGACACAGCUCCUUUCAGCAUGGCCGGAGGAGAGGUGCACUGGCAGACGCAUGACACACACAGAUCAGACUAUUUCUGUGUUGCAGAUAUACAGUAAAGAGCCAAAGACCCAG